AUGAGUUUGAUCAAAGGGAACACGUUCCCUGACAAGCACAGCAUCUUGAUGGCAUCCUUAGCCCUGUGCGCCACCGUGGGCCGAUCUCACAAGGUUAAGAAAGUCAGACCCUGGGCGCCUGCGUAUAAAGUGCCCCUCCCAGGAGUGCUCAUACAUUGUCAACGCUCAACCAGACCGCAGGGCAAACAACGGCUUGUGGAAAGUGGGAAAACUCAAUCUCACUCACUCCUGCGACGCUAUCAAGGGUAA